GCAUUUAUAUGUCAAUAUUUUUGCACACUUUUUAUGGUAAAUUCUUUUUAAAAUUUACUUGAAAAAAAACACAAGUAGGUAUCUGCAAGUAUUAGGUAUGAAUUCUGGAAGUAAGUGUGAUUCUCCUGAUUGUGAGAAUACGGCAAAGCUGCAGUGCCCAACAUGUAUAAAACUGGGGAUUCCUGGAUCAUUUUUUUGUUCCCAAGAAUGUUUCAAAACAAAUUGGAAGUCUCAUAAAGUUAUUCAUUCUUUAGCUAAGGGUGAAUGUAAUGAGCAGAAGGACAAAUCAUACAAUCCAUGGCCUUAUUAUAGUUAUACUGGCAAGCUUAGACCUUACCCUCAGAGUUCAAAACGUACAGUACCUUUGACCAUUGGUCGACCUGAUUAUGCUGAUCAUCCACAGGGAUAUCCGUUAAGUGAACAGGCUGUGAAAGGCUCUGGCUUAAUUAAAGUGUUAGACGAUGAGGAAAUAGAAGGUAUGAAAGUAGCAUGUAAACUAGGAAGGGAGGUGUUGGAUGAAGCUGCUAGAGCUUGUGAUGUUGGAGUAACAACAGAUGAAAUAGACAGAAUUGUUCAUGAAGCUUGUAUUGAUAAAGAAUGUUAUCCAUCACCAUUGAAUUAUUAUGAAUUUCCAGCAUCUUGUUGUACUUCAGUAAAUGAAGUUAUUUGCCAUGGUAUACCAGAUACAAGACCUUUGGAAGAUGGUGAUAUUUGUAAUGUAGAUAUUACUGUUUACCAUAGAGGCUUUCAUGGUGAUUUAAAUGAAACAUUUUUUGUGGGUAAUGUGAAUGAAAAAGUAAAAAAUCUUGUAAAAGUGACACACGAAUGUUUAAUGAAAGCCAUUGAAAUUGUAAAACCAGGUGAAAAAUAUAGGGAAAUUGGCAACAUUAUUCAGAAACAUGCACAAAGUCAUGGGUUUUCAGUGGUUAGAAGUUAUUGUGGUCAUGGAAUACAUAGAUUAUUUCAUACAACACCUAACGUCCCUCAUUAUGCAAAAAACAGGGCUGUUGGUGUCAUUAAACCUGGACAUUGUUUUACUAUAGAGCCAAUGAUUUCGAUGGGAACUUGGAGAGAUGAAAUGUGGCCAGAUAAAUGGACUGCUGUGACUGCAGAUGGUCAAUGGUCAGCUCAAUUUGAACAUACUCUCUUAGUAAAUGAUAAUGGAUGUGACAUUUUAACCAAAAGAAGAGAUAAAAAUGGACAACCCCAUUUUAUGGACAAACUGUAAUAAAAAUAUAGUGUUUUUGAAAACAGAACAAUUAUGUUUUUAAUGAUUUAUCAAAAAAAGUGUAAACUGCAAACAUAUUUAUGAUCUAGAAAGUAUAUUAAUGAACAAUACAAUUUCUUGCAAGAGUGACAUUUUUAUUUAAAAACAUUUUUAGCAGCAUUUUUUAAAUAAAUAUUUAACCAGAA